UUCAACUGUGAUUAAACCUUUCUGCAAAACUUUUCUCCUCUUCCUUGCAUGUAGUUCUCUGCAAUUUCCCAAGUUCCAAGAAUUGAAGCCCAGAAAGUCAGAAACUAUUUUCUGUAUUACAAUUUCCAAAAUUGAUAAAGUUCCUUCUUUUUUUCAUUUUCAGAUCUAACCAUGGGUACCCUUUUCCGAGCUCAUCAUAAUUCCAGGGAUGAACCUGAGUUUAACCACCACUGCUCUGUUCCAUCUUCGGGUAGUCUAAACGAAGGCUGCAGCGAUGUUCUUGGGUUUUCAGGCAUGAAGUCUGUCCAUGAUAGCCAAGCUCCAUCUGAGGGGGAAACAAUGGUGGAAGGAGACUACUUUGAUGGAGUGUUUAAGUACAUACAGCAGAUGCUUAUGGAGGAAGAUGAUCUGGAAUAUAUACCUUAUAUGUUCCAAGAUUGCAUGGCUCUCCAGGCCGCCGAGAAAUCAUUCUAUGAUGCCCUAACUGAGAAUCCUCCCCCUCCCCCUCCCCCUCAUUCUGGAAACAGAAAUGUCCAAUUCUCAAUCCCAGAUAAUCAGCCUUUCCCGGCACAAUUUCCCCUUCCCGGAAACCAAACAUUUCAGACUGGUUUGCAGGAAUUGCAGCCAGGAUAUAAUCCUUUUCCUGAGCAAGUACAAAUUCCUAUGAUUCCCAUGAAUAAUUCCUCUGGAUCCAUGUUUGGGAAUCAAUUCUCCGGGGAGCCAAUCGGGAAUGGCUGUUCUGGAGGGAGCAAUGGAAGGAGGAAUCGCAACCGGGAAGACGGCGGAGAAGGGCGGCAGAGGAGCAAGCAGAUGGCGGCUGGGAAUUCCGACCAAGAGCCGGAGAAAACGGAGAAGUACGAUAAGGCGCUGCUGUGUCCUUCCAUGAAUCCUUUAUUCUACGACGACUCAAUCCCCUAUCUCUCCGACGAAUCAUCGGAAACUGAAGCGCGAGACAAGAAAUACUUGCAGGGCCCGAAGCGCGGGCGGCCGCGCGGGAGCAAGAAAGGCGCCAAGCCCAAGCAGAUCGUCGACCUCACCGACCUCCUCGCCCGCUGCGCCCAAGCCGAGGCCGCCCACGACAAGAAGAACUUCGACCACCGCCUCGCCGCUAUCCGGCAACACUCCUCCCAGUUCGGCGACGCCGCCGAACGACUCGCCCAUUGCUUCGCGAACGCCGUGGAGGCACGCGCCGCCGGCACCGGAACAUCAUUGUACGCCAGCAUAACCCGGAGGAGAAUGUCGGCCGCCGAGUACCUCAAAGCUUAUCAGACAUACAUAACCGCCUGCCCUUUCAAGCGGAUGUCCAACAUAUACGCUAACAAAUCAAUCGCGAAACUAACCAGAGAAUCCGAGAAGAUUCACAUCAUCGACUUCGGGAUUCUCUACGGCUUCCAAUGGCCGUGCAUCAUCCACGGCAUCUCCCUCCGCCCCGGCGGGCCGCCGCAGCUCCGUAUAACCGGAAUCGACUUUCCCCAGCCGGGGUUCCGCCCGGCGGAGAGAAUAGAGGAAACAGGGCGGCGCCUGGAGAAUUUCGCCAGGAGAUUCAACGUCCCCUUCCAGUACACCGCCAUAGCCAAGAAAUGGGAAGAAAUCACCCCGGAAGAUCUGAAUAUCCAGGAAGACGAAAUCCUAGUCGCGAACUGCUUAUACCGGAUGAAAAACGUCCCGGACGAGACAUUAAUGGAGAACAACAGCCCCAGAGACGACGUUCUCAAGCUAAUCAAGAAAAUAAACCCCCAAUUCUUCGUCCACGGGAUCGUCAACGGGAUGUACAACGCCCCGUUCUUCACAACGCGAUUCCGGGAAGCCUACUUCCACUUCUCGGCCCUGUUCGACAUGUUCGAAGCCACCAUGCCGCGAGAGGACGAAGGGCGGCUGCUGGCGGAGCAGGAGCUGCUGGGGCGAGACGUUCUGAACGUGAUCGCGUGCGAAGGGAGAGAGAGAGUGGAGCGGCCGGAGACGUACAAGCAAUGGCAGAUGAGGACCCAGAGAGCCGGAUUCCGGGCGCUGCCAUUGCACCGAGAGAUCAUCAAGGAAGUGAAGGAGAAGACUAGAAUGGGAUACCAUAGAGAUUUCUCGGUGGAAGAAGAUGGGGAGUGGAUGUUGCAGAGCUGGAAAGGAAGGGUGAUUUAUGCUAUGAGUUUGUGGCAGCCUCUUCAUAACUGAUCAUUAUAAUCUUCCCAUCCAUUUCUGUCUGCAAACUGGAAACUGCAAACCAAAUCUUUUCACUUUCCUUGUCAAAAUUUUAUGAAAUAAUGGAAGAACACUGAACAGAAUCUGAAAGAGGAAAUUAUUUUUGUAGAAUAAUAAUACUCUUAUUAAAAUACAUGUGAGCUUCUACACUUC